GCGACGCACCAACCGGUUCAUACAUCCGACGUGAAUCCCGUCUGCAACGCGAACGAACACGUGAAGUGCGCAAUUUGUACAACGACGAGUGUUUUUAAAGAGAAUUGAAAAGAAAAGAAACUAUAUGGUGAAUUUGCAACAGUGUUGAUUAAUCAUCAAAGAAACAGUGUCAACAAUUGCAACAAAUACCUGGUUCUCGUGGAUCGUUAGAAGGAUCUCCGCUGUUCGUGUCCGCUUCUUUUUGUUUACUCUUUCUUCUUGAUAAAUAAUAUUAUUAAAAAAAAAUUAAAUAACAGUUUUUGAAGAUAAAUAAAUAAUUAAUUGCUUUUCGCGUUUCUAAUAAAAAAUAAUACAAAAUCCGCGUUUUGUCCGUUCGUGUUAUUUUCCUUUUAUCGGUGGAAAAUGCUUAAUAUAUAAAGUAUAAGGUGCUUUUUGGUUAGUCGAAAAUAGAAAGAAAACGACAGGAUGUGCUCCGCUUUGAUAAACGUGUCUGUUCCAGUUUUGAUUUUCGUUUUUGGUUUGCUUAAUGUCGGAAACAGCGUGAAGAUAAACAGGCUGCAAGUGCCGGAAGUGAUACGGCAUGGCGCUCCGGUUGUUUUAGAUUGCGAUUUUACGCUCGAAGCGACCGACAGCGACUUGGUGGUCAAGUGGUUCUUCAACAAGAAUAAAACUUUGGUCUACCAAUGGAUUCCUGGCUCAAGCACUAGACCCCAGGUUUCCGGUAUUCUGAAGGGCCGUCUGAACCUGGAAUACGCGGCCAGCGUCGACGGGAACAGCGUCCACAGGGCGUUGCACAUCCUGAAGCCGGGCCCGGAUCUUUCCGGUGACUACACUUGCUCGGUGUCCACAUUCCAGAGCGAGGAUAUCCGGACCAAAAGCAUGCUAGUUUUCGUACCAGAGAAGAGUUUGAUCCUUCGUCGAGUAUCAGCUGAUGCGGAGGAUAUAAGAGUGGAAUGCAAGGCGGAAGGCGUCUUUCCCAAACCGGAUAUAGUGCUACGCUCGCAGCAGCGACGAGGUCCUCGGGGUCGCGAGUCCAUUAGAGGCGUUCGAACGAUGGUCACGUUUAACCGAAAACAGGGUGAUAGAGGGUGGUGGUUCGAGCAGUCCCGCUCCUAUGCAAAUAUAACAAAUGGCACUUCGAGGUUUGCCGUUUUCGACAAGGCGCUCGCUGCUUACGUGGCCGCACUUCCGCAAUAA